AUGUCCAAGCUCAUCCCGAAGACACACGCGAAGUCAAUUUUCUGCCUUACCGACAAGGAUGUGAGUAAAUCAAAACAUCAUACGUUUUGCUUAGCAGUAAAAUUGCGCAAGGCGGUUGCGGGGACGGAUCGAAACACUUCCUGCAGUGGAGAAGAAAAACCCUCGGUCAAGGAAUGGACCCCCCAUGAAACUGUACGACAAAGCUCAGGUGGAGGCGGCUGCUCAUCGCAAGGCGGGCACCGCAUCGAGACAGCUGCCGCAGCCGCAGCCGGCGGCGGCGGCGGCGGCGGCGGUGGCGGUGGUGGCGGCGCUGCGGCGGUUUCGCCACCACAGCCGCCGGCCACGGAGGCGCGACUGAAUGGUGAAGCUGAGGAAGAUGAGGUGGAGCUGAUGGACUUGACGGAACUGGACUCUGAGCAGGAGGCGGAUGAGCUGGGUGAGCGGCAGCCGCGGCACCACGACCAAUCGGACGCCGCAGUCGUUGUCAUCUCGGACUCUGAGGAGGAAGGCGGAGGCGGCGGCGGCGGCGGCAAGGUGGUCAGCUCGGGCCGGACCGCUGCCGCCGCCAGCAGCGCCGUCAGGUCCCGUGUGCCGCCACCGCCGCCGUCAACCCCAGCGGCGACCGUCGCUGAUGGCAGUACGGCAACGGCUCCUGCCGUCGCUGGAGAGUACGUGUUGUAUUGGAUGAAGACUGCCGUACGGGGCCAUGAGAACCCCGCAUUGGACACCGCGAGAGCCGCCGCAGAGCGGCUACAGCUGCCGUUGCGUAUCGCGGCAUUCGUACAACCGACAUGCCAGCCGUACAUCAACCACCGGCGGGUCAAGUUCCUACUGGAGGGACUUCGUGAUGCCCAGCGGGAGCUCCGAAACCAGGGGCUUGACCUGCUCGUACAUGUGUACGGCACCACUUGUGCUGGUCUGGGUCCUGGCGAUGAGGUUCGAAGCGAUGGCAGCGGACGUGGCGGCUGUCCGGAGUACGACAAUAACGACGAUGGUGGUGGAGGAGGCCAAGGUGGUCUGGGACGUGUGGAGGUAUCGGGCCCGGGGUGGGAGGCCCUUUUGGCGGCGCUCGUCGGCCGGGCGUACGACAAGGCGCACGCGUACCGCAGCGCCACAGAAGCCCUGCGACGUCACCGACUGCGGGCCAUGUACGGCACCUCAGCCUUCCCCAGCGCACAAAUGUCGCCAUCACCUCCUCAGCGGACCUCCCGAGCAGCAGCCCCAGGCCCCGCCCCCGCAGAUACUCCCCGGGGCCGGCUUUUCCUGAAAGAGGAUGAAGCAGCAGCAGCAGCAGCCGCGCACACGAACAAGUUCAAGCAGGGAGGCAGUUGUCCCAUCAGAGUGUAUGCAAAUGUGCAAAUGUGGAGUGUGCAGCGCUCCGGAACCAGCCGUAUGUCGCCGUACCUGCAUUGGGGCAUGGUGUCGCCAUUCAGGUCGGCGGAAAGGGGGGGGUACGAGAUCGCCCGUGAGGCAGCCGCCAGCGGCGGCUCCGGAGCCGGGAAGUUUCUGGACGAGCUGCUGGUUUGGCGGGAGCUAUCGUACAGCUUCUGCUUUUACAGGUACUCGCAGCUGCAAUCGCUGUCGGUGCUGCCCCGCUGGGCGCAGGACACUCUGGCAGCCCAUGCGACUGACCCACGGGUCGUAAAGACGCUGCAACAGCUUGAACUCGGUGCCACUGGGGACCCCUUCUGGGAUGCCGCUCAGUGCCAGCUGUCCUCCUACGGUGAGCUGCACAACAACGUCAGGAUGACCUGGGGCAAGUCGCUGCUGGGCUGGUGCCCCACCCCGCAGAGGGCCCUGGACGUCGCUCUUCACCUGAACCACCGUUACGCGUUGGACGGCUGCGACCCGGCUAGCUACGGCGGUGUGCUUUGGUGCUUCGGCCUGUUCGACGGACCGAGGGAGGCUCCCGGCACCGCCAUCACCGGAGCGCUGCGCCGCCGUCCCACCGCCGUUCACGCCAGACGACUCAAUCCAGCCGCGUACCGGGCGCUGCCACCUUGA